ACUCAAAAUCUGCCGGGCAGGAAAAGAAAGAAAUUUUCCUUUUCCGUCUUAUGGCUGACAAAAGCGGGAUGCUCACAAGAAAAAAAGACAGGAAAGAAAAGGAGGCGACCGAAGCAACGAAGGAUGUAAGUAAGUUGCCGAAGAAAGAGGAGAAGGCCGGCGUGGCCAGGUCUGAAGCCACGGGCGACGGAGAGGCUCCGGCGGCGCAGGCGGAAGGAGCUGGGGCGGAGGACGGGGCCAAGGGCGAGAAUGGAGAGUUGCAGGUUGAGCCGAUGGAGCUGCCUCCGUUUGAAAUCAUCUCUGGCGACCGCAUCGAUCCUUUCCAGUACAAGUUUCAGUUCAAGAAUGUGGAGUACUCGUCUGGUCGCAACAAGACAUACCUGUGUUACCUUGUGGAUAAGGGGAAUUCUGUUGAUGGGCUGUUGAGGGGCUAUCUGGAGGAUGAGCACACAGGCCCUCAUGCUGAGGAGGCCUUCUUCUUGCAGACCCUGCCCGAUUAUGAUCCUGCUGGCAAAUACACAGUCACCUGGUAUGUGUCUUCCAGUCCCUGCUCAGCAUGUGCGUCCAAAAUAGUUGAAAUCCUGAAGGCCAGGAAGAACGUCAAGAUGACCAUCUUUUCAGCGCGGCUGUUUGAGUGGGAGGAGCCGGAGAUCCAGGCUGGCCUCAAGGCCCUACAUACUGCAGGCUGUAAGAUGAGGAUGAUGAAACCUUUGGAUUUCUCCUACACCUGGGACACAUUUGUGGAAAACGAGGAACAGCCCCUGAAUCUCUGGGAAGACUGCAAGGACAACUACGAGUAUUACCAUGAAAAGCUGUCUGACAUUCUUCAGUGACCACAGUGAGUCUAUGAGAGGGAAUACCCCCAGAAGUAAAGGCAGUCCUGUUUUCAAAGUGAGCAGUCUACUUUACCAUGAAUCCUGCUGGCACAGAACUUGCUCAUCACCUGAUUGUCCCUACUAUUCCUGCAACUGUAGCAUAGCGUUGACUAUAUGAAUCAAAUAAGCGUUUUGUGUGUGUUUGUUUGUGUGUGUUUGUGUGUGUGUGAGGGAGAGAAAGAGUUUGUGUGUGCUGUCUUAAGUGUAGUUUGUUUUUGAUUACAUGUGCUCCGUUCACCAUGACACAACCUAUGCAAGAGCAACCUCAGUACAUCUGCAAACGAUGCCUCUGUCUGUCAUUGUGGGUUUGUGCGGGCUUUAUCUUCCAAAGUCCUCUUGUUGGUCUGUGGAUCCAGUCUGUGGGUCACACUGGUUGCACUCCGUUGAAAUGUAGCCUAGCAUAAGGGGCUGCUAAGGUCCAUCAGUAUAUUGCAGUUACAUAUACAAUAGCCCCUCAACAGCUAAAUAGCUUUACAGCUUUGAUUUAACACCAAUGAUGAAAAUCUGUUGAAUUAUUUUAAACAGAGGUUCCCAAAGCACACAGUGUUUUUCCCAUGUGUUGCUUAGAGAUUUUAUUUGGAGUAUACAUUAACCAAGAAUAUAAACAUAUUAAUAAUAGAUGACUGGUGAUGUACAAUAACUUAUCGAGAGAGAAAUCACUAGAAACUCAGGUUUCAAGUGGCAGUUUCUAAGCUGCUAGUGAAAUCUCUCUCUAUGUUAGAUCAAAUUAUAUGAAACUCCAGCAAUCCCUAUGGGAAGAAGCAGGUCCCUGUAAGCACAACAGAAUAUAGACGAGAGUAGAAUACAUAAAGAGAAAAUAGCUGGUGCAACAUAUUCCUACAUUCUCUGUUUUAAAAAUACAUUAAUUUUACUCUUGUUGACCGCGCUAAAUCUCUCCACUGUAUUCAAGUUAAAACAUAUAUUUUGUUGGGUUGUUUGCAUUUCCUUUAAUUAAAUAAUAUGAAGCUUUCAGCUUCAAGAAGCUAUUAUAAUACUAUGUAAUGAGCAGUUUAUAACAAAGUGAUUUGUGUAAUGUUGGUGUUUUUCAAAGUUUAAAAAAAGUUGCAGUUAUAUUUCAUUUAUUCAUUUAUUAUUAAUGAUGAUACAAACAGAUUUUAUGUCACAUGGUUUAUUUGAUUAAACCAAGAUUCAUA